UGAGUGAGGGAAGGAGCGGCCAGUCUGUGCGCAGCAGUAGCUCAGGAAAGUCGCAGGGAAAUCGCUCUGUCAGCGUCAAACAGUAGCUUCGUAUCGCCAGUGCGGCGGUGCCUGUGGAUAAGUGGAAUUAGAGUGCAUUAACCCUCCCCCAGGAUCAGACGUGCUAUUAGGGUGCUGAUGCCCCCGGGAAGCUGGCAGUAGGCUCCCCAUGUCCCCGGAUCUAUGGAGAGACCCCCGGGGCAGGCUCUGUGCCCAGGGAUGCCCAGCUGGAUGCGGAUAGGCUGCUCCGCCCGGAUUUGGAUAGAGCUGCGGAAGGAGUAGGUCCCAGUGUGGGGGUUCUGCUGCCGCUGCUGAAUGAUGCCCCUAUGGAUGUCAGCCCCGUGUCCCCAUUGAGAAGAAGGAUCGUGCUCCCCCUGUGCACCAUGAUCUUCCUCUGCCUCUACAUGUUCUACUCGUGCGCCGGCUCCUGCGCUUCCCUCCAGGGCUCCGCGCCCUCCCAACAACCCGGGCUCCUCUCCCAACAACCCGGGCUCCUCUCCCAACAACCCGGGCUCCUCUCCCAACUGCUGCUCCGCGCUGAGCCCCGUCCGUCCGGGGAGGACACGUCCAUCUCCAGCUUCUACAGCGGCUCCGGGUCCAAGAAACUGCCCCAAGCCAUUAUCAUUGGGGUGAAGAAAGGGGGCACCCGAGCUCUGCUGGAGUUUCUCAGGGUCCACCCAGACAUCAGGGCUGUGGGGGCUGAACCCCACUUCUUCGAUCGGAAUUAUGACAAGGGACUGGACUGGUACAGAGAUCUCAUGCCCAGGACACUGGAUGGUCAGAUCACAAUGGAGAAGACUCCCAGCUACUUUGUAACCAAGGAGGCUCCGGCUCGGCUCUCUGCCAUGUCUAAAGAUGCCAAGUUGAUAGUGGUGGUGAGGGACCCUGUAACUAGAGUCAUAUCCGACUACACACAAACGCUGUCCAAACGGCCCGACAUCCCUACUUUUGAGAGUCUGACUUUCAAAAACAGGACUACAGGUCUCAUAGACAUAUCAUGGAGCGCCAUACAGAUCGGCAUCUAUGCCAAGCACUUGGAGAACUGGCUACAGUAUUUUCCAAUGAGCCAGAUCCUCUUUGUGAGCGGAGAAAGGCUCAUUACCGAUCCUGCCGGAGAGUUGGGGCGGGUACAGGAUUUCCUGGGGCUAAAGAGGAUCAUCACCGACAAACACUUUUACUUCAACAAGACGAAAGGCUUUCCGUGUCUGAAAAAGGCAGAGGGGAGCAGCAAGCCGCAUUGUCUAGGGAAAACUAAGGGUAGAACUCACCCCAACAUAGACCCUAAAGUGGUGCAAAGACUGCGGGAAUUCUACCGGCCUUUUAACAUGAAGUUCUAUCAAAUGACCGGGCAUGAUUUUGGUUGGGACUAGGAGUCAUAGUGUUAUCUGAAGUAAACAUGCGCAUUGACGUGUGUCCCUGUAAAAAUGUACAGAAAUCUAUUUUAUUAUAAUUUAUUUUUAAUUCUUAAGCAAUUAAUUCACUAAGCUGCCUAACCAUGUGGUCGUUUGUUUGCUUAUAAUGUCCUGACAUUCCUUCCUCUUCAACCCUUUAGUUCUUUGUGGAGUCAGGGGUAUCUGCCGCUAGUGCCCCCGACCCAUUUAUGCAUUCACUAAUGGUGCUCUUGUCAUAGCCAUUAAAUGAAACAGAAGAAAAGCACAAUGUUACUUUGGUAUUUAUGUUUACGGGUACUGAACUAUUCCUCAUAGAUAAUCCAUUGUGGGUUUUACUUACCUUAGCCUCAUGCUGGCCGGGGCAUUGUUUAGCAAUACUGCCCCUUCUGCAUCCAAGACUCAUGGUACAUAUUUCAUAACUGUAGGGUGGAUUCAUUGGAACAACGCACACUAGCUCACUGUCGAUGAUGCUUUUCAUUCAUCCAGCUCAUGAUAUACAUUAUCUAGUAGUGGGAAUUCUAAAGCAGGAGGACUUGCUGAGUAAUCUUUCACCACUCUCAUCUGAAGAAGCUGCUCGUACGAGUGGUAAAAGGUUGCCAUGAUUUUGUCCUACAAUGUAACUUGCUUGUGGAUGGAAAAUAUCUGUUGUAAUAUCUAUAGCCUUAUAUAUUUGCCAGCGAUUCGGCACAUCUUGAAUAUACAGUAUAAUUGUUUUAUAUAACGUACAUGGCACAUGUAUUGCAGUUGUUGGGUUGAGGUUAUUAAAAACUGGGGUUCAACACAAGUCACUUCCCAUUAAUGUUAAAGAACUGGCCCUUUACAGGUCAUGAUUUGAUAGGUUCCCAAAACUGCAGAAUUUUGAGAAAUAUGUCCACCAAAAAAUCCCUGAAAAACAUGUCAAUGGCCGAGUCCUAGCUUUAUAUAGAAAAAACACAUUUUGGCUCCCAAGCCUUUAUUUUUUGUCAAGAACCAUUUUCUAUUUCAAAAUGCUUUCCUUCUUACAGUAAAUGUCAUAUCAAUCCAUACUUCAUUACGACAAAGCCUAAUUUAUUCCAUGUCACAGAUGUUCAUUCAAUUACACAGCGGCCCAAUAAAUUGUCACCGCGCUGUAGAUCCGAGGAUGCUCAGCAAAGCUUCAGGGCAGCCACACACUUACAAUAUUAAUUCAUUGAUACAACAUCAUUUUUAUUAUCGAAGGAAAAAUAUCCCCCAGCCUAGAUCUUGCAGUUAACCAAUUUUAAAUGAUGCAUAAUCUUUCAUCUGACUGGCUGAAGAGUAAUAUUUGUAAUUUGCUUGAUUAUUGUUUGACCUUCUGGAAGUACAAGAGCCAUCCUGAUUUUUAAAUUGCUCUGAUUCUAUGGGUUGACUCUGUUUUUAUCCCCUAGCUGAAUAUUCAAAUGAUAAACAUUGUAAUAAAAAUAUAUAUUUAUUAUUAAAGACAUCCCAGGAAGUAUUUUUUUUAAUUAAAGAUCGCCUAGAAACUAUUUUUUUUUUUCAAUGAAAAUGGCCUGGAAUUAAAAAAAACAAAAAAAAACCACAAAAUACAUUUCUUAAAAUUAAAAAUGGCCUAGAAAAUAAAAUCUUAUUUUUUUUAAAAUUGAAAAUCGCCUGGAAAAGAUUACGUUUUAUAAGAAAAUUAUUAGUAUUUUUAAAUCAAAAACUUAGCCUGGAUUAUUUUCCUUCUUAUAAAUCACAUAAUAUUUAGCAUGGCCCAUGUGCAAAUUGCUGUUAGCACAGGAUAAUAAGUCAUAGUAGGUCACUGGAUUAGAAACUGUAUACUGAUGAUGUGAUUGCUCCAUUCCAAAAUCUUGACGAUAUUUUUGUUCUACAGAUUCAUACACAUAUUAUUUACACAGCAAACCGAUCCAAAUCCCAGGGACUUUAAUUAAAUGCUCCCUUAAGCCAUAUAUCCAGCCCCAAGUGGAUCUCCUGUGUACAUCUGCUGAUAUUCAUGGGAACAAAGUGACUUAUGGUUGCAUGUCAACAAAACAUAAAACUGCACUUGAUUUUGGAGGCACAGGUAGACAACACAUGGAGCUAUGUUUAUUUGGUGUGAUUUUACUAUGGAAUCAUUAUGGUUAAGCAAGACUCCUGGUAUACUGAUCAGGGCACCCUUCUUUGUGUGUAGCACCCCAACUUGGUAACAACGGUUCUAAGAGUAAGGUUCCUACAACAACCCAAAUUGAAUUGUACCUCAACAAUACAGAAAAUAAAGUGAACUAUCCUUAAUGUGCCAAUCCAUUUUUCCUAUUCCCUCAUCAUGUAACGUGUAAUGUUUAGCACUCCUUGUUCUCUUCGCACCCAUCGCCGUACUCUAUAAUUAAAUCUGUGCAAUGAGCUCUUACAGAUGGGUUUUAAACAUGAUGAAUUGACUUCAUCCGAGCAACUGUGCCUCGUUUUUCCCAUACGGUACAAAUGAAAGAUCAAAAUGUCACACUUUCCCAGUGAGGCUUAGAAUAGUGAUGUAGACUCAUAAAUCUGGGGUGUACAGUCUAUUGGAUUGUCAUGGACCCUUAUAAGUGGCUUAAUCAACGGCUAAGGAAGUACUCGUCUUACUGCUGCUAAAAAAGAAAAUGGCUAUGCAGAAAUUGGUAUUAGUAAUUAGGAUACAGGUCUUAUAACAUUUCUCUGGCCCAUGAGGAUGCAGGCCUGAUAAAUCCAUGGCCCACUCUGUCUAACUACUUGGCCACUUCUAACUUUGAAUUGGCCCAUGUCGGCCAUGAGUUUGUGAUCUGUGUUUAGAUUUCGCACACAUGACGAUAUGGUUGAGUUUUAUUCAGCCGGGGUAAUUAAAGUCCAUAUCUAUUUUAUUUCCUCUCUCUCUGUAUCCUAAUAGCUUAGAAUAGCAAAUUGAUAUAUAUAUAUUAAAUAUAUAUGUAUAUGAAAGAAAAUUUACAAAAAAAUAAAUAAAUAUAAGAACACAAAUGAAGCCGAAAAAAAUGUGUACAUUGUAAAUCCUGUAUUUUGUGGUAUGGACAAUGCAGAUUUAAUUUUACACCAGAAAGAUGUUUUUUUUUUUAAAAAAAAAAAAUGCAUCCUAAAAAUUCAUACUAUGACUUUGUAUGAGAAAAUAAAACUAUAUUUUAUCAAGA